AUUCUAUGAAUCAAGGCGGUAAAACGCCAGAGGAGGCCGACUCCCCUAGGAUUCUGUGUAGUUCCUUGUCAAAGCCACAGAGCGCACACACACAACUCAGCAACAAAGUGCGCCUGUGCCGGGAUGGGGAUGUCUGACCAUUACGCAGCUCGUUCUCGGUGAGGCAGACGCGUCCGGUGAGGUUUGGGUUUGGAUGCAGGAGCGACUUAACAGAAUCCUACCUGGAUUUAUGCGACAAAAUGUGAGCUGUGGCUGUCGCAGUGUCGUCGGUGUGCAGUAACGAAGGGGUGACGGGUCGACUGCGCCGUGAGUAAUGUCAGGAGGUGCAGAGUCCGUGCGCAGAUAUUCUGACUGGGAAAGUUACGCGUCGAUUGUUUUGAUCUGAGUCAAGAUGCAUCUGUUUCGGAGUCAUCAUUACCAAGUGUUCCGGGACCGCUACUCAGGGGAAACGCCGACUAUACGGGGCAUCAGCUGGACUCCACUGCCAGAGACCCUGGAUUCAAAGGACACUAUGAAGCAGUUUCUUUCAGAUCGCAUUGUGAAGGCAGCGAGAUCAGUGUAUAGUGUUAUGAUUGAGAGGAACCCUGGUCUGAUCCGAGACAGAAAGUAUCACCUCAAAACGUACAGGCAGUGUUGUUCUGGUAAAGAACUUGUUGACUGGCUGAUGAAACAAAAUGAAUGCCUCCAAUCAAGAAGCCAGGCAGUUGGGAUGUGGCAGGUCUUGGUGGAUGAAGGAAUCCUUGUUCAUGUGAAACAUGAGUUGAACUUCCAUGACAAAGACACCCAGUUCUACCGCUUCCAGAACUCUGCGUUUGGCCUCAACCACAUAGCAAAUGAGAAGGACUCAGAGGACGAGCUGCAGGAAGGACUAUCACUGCUGUCUCAGCUGGGUCCCGAUGCUCUGCUCACUAUGAUUCUACGUAAAUGCCCCAGUCAGAGGAGCUCUGAGGACCUGGAGGUCAUCUACGAGGAGCUGCUCCAUGUCAAGGCUGCUGCUCAUCUCUCCACCUCAGUGCGUAAGGAGCUGGCAGCAGUGCUGGUCUUUGAAUCACAUGCCAAGGCUGGAACUGUGUUGUUCAGUCAGGGGGACAAAGGCACCUCCUGGUACAUCAUCUGGAAAGGCUCCGUCAAUGUGAUCACACAUGGGAAGGGGCUGGUGACUACACUACAUGAGGGUGAGGACUUUGGGCAGCUAGCGCUGCUGAAUGAUGCCCCUCGUGCCGCCACCAUCAUCCUGAGAGAAGACAACUGCCAUUUUCUCCGUGUUGAUAAACAGGAUUUUAUACGCAUCCUCAAGGAUGUGGAGGCUAACACCGUGCGCCUGGAGGAACAUGGAAAAACAGUGCUGGUGCUGGAGAAGAGCGCUGACUCAGCCGAGCAGGGGGGCGCGGGAAACAGCAGCAAAUACACAGUGAUGUCAGGAACGCCCGAGAAAAUCCUUGAACACCUUCUGGAUACAGUAAAGUUGGACUCUAAUGGAAAUGAUGCUAUAGAUCCGUGUAUGAGCGACUUUCUGCUCACCCAUAAGGUCUUCAUGCCCUCCAGCCAGCUGUGUGCUGCACUACAGCACCACUACCAGGCAGAGCUCUCUGAGGGUUCAGAUCAGGAGAAGGCAGCCUACAGUCUGAGCACCAAGCAGAAGGUAGUGAAGCUGAUUGGCCAGUGGGUGGCACUGUAUGGCCUUCUGCUGAAAGAAGACCCUAUUGCUUUGGACUUUUUGGAGAGGAUGAAGAGAGACGUUGCAGUGGAUUUCCGUCUGUUCAGCCAAAAAAAAAUAUUAUUAUUGUGGCUGGAGAACGGAUAUCAGUCAGUGAGCAGGAACCAGCAAUUCGAUUGGUUUUCAAACUGUGAGGAGCCAGUGGGGAGGUUACAGCCAUUCAGAGCACAGGAUAAAGUGUUAUAUGAGAUAUACAGUCCAGACAGCAAACCCCUCACUCUGAUGCUCCCUGUGAACUCAUCUGUACAGGAUGUGAUGUCAGCAAUAGUUAAAACUGGCAGAGAUCACAUCCUGGUUAAAAUCAACUCUGCUGGAGAAAGAGCUCAGUUAAAGCUGGAUGGUACUGCAGUGUACACCGCCUUGGGACUGAAUGAGAGGCUGUUCAUCUGCACAAGCAGCCAAAUCGAACAACUGAUGCCUCUGAAGGAGCAGCAGGGUCCAGAGCAAGGAACAGCGGACGUCCUUGAACAGAUGGGCUCUAAAGAAAUCGCCAAUGAACUCACUAAUUAUGACUGGGAACUGUUCACUGCUAUGCAUGAGGUGGAGCUCAUCUACUACAUAUUUGGGCGGCAUAAAUUCCCAGGUGCCAUCACAGCUAACUUGGAGCGGUUUGUCCGUCACUUCAAUGAGGUGCAGUUCUGGGUGGUGACUGAGCUGUGCCUCUGUGAGGACUUGGUGAAACGAGCAGUUCUGCUAAAGAAGUUCAUCAAGAUUGCUGCAGUGUUAAAGGAGCAGAAGAAUCUCAAUUCAUUCUUCGCUGUAAUAUUUGGUUUGAGCAACAGUGCAGCACAGAGGCUGUACAAGACCUGGGAGAGAAUACCCAGCAAAACAAAAAGAAUUUACUGUGCUUAUGAGAGGCUGAUGGAUCCUUCACGCAACCACAGGGCCUACAGACUGGCUGUGGCCAAACUCAGUCCUCCUUACAUCCCCUUCAUGCCUCUGCUGCUCAAAGACAUGACAUUUAUCCAUGAAGGAAACCCAAGCUAUUUAGACAAAUUGGUCAACUUUGAGAAAAUGCGCAUGAUUGCCAAGACAGUGAAAAUGGUUCGAGAGUGCAGAAGCCAGCCGUACAUGUCUUCAUCUCCACAGAGGGGCCUGGCAGACCGGAUGUUUCUGGAAGGGCCUGCUACUCGCUUGUCUACAUACUCCGACCACGCCCUCCCCCUGCGGAGUCCCCUGCGGAGUCCCGGCAGCGUCCAGCGCUACAUUCAGAACCUGAAGGUGAUUGACAACCAGCGCAAACUAACACAGCUUUCAAGAACAAUAGAACAAUAGGAUGUCAACCUGCAAAUGUGCAAAGACUGUGGAACUAUAGUACAAAUCUACACCGGAACACACAGGUUGUAGCUGAAUGAACAAAACUUCCACGUUUGUCUGAAAAGAUGGACCUGUGGUGUUGUUGCCAGAAUCACUGAGUGCCAUGAAUAUUCAUUCUAAUUAAAGAAGACUUUACAUUCAUGGAGAAGAGAGUUAAUAUUGCAUUGUGCACAGU